UCAUAUAUAUAAAUAGUGUUCAAUAGUUUUGACAGUUCUUGGCACCAUCUCAAAACUCAGAACAUUGAAGAGUUAUUGUUAUUAAUAUUUUUAACAUUUAAUUACAUUAAUAAUAAUAAAUAUAAUAAUGUAAAAAAUAAAUUGUGAAAUAGCUCAAUGCGUUUAAUCAUUUCUGACAUUGUUUAUAUUGUUUGUCAAAUUCUUUCGACAUAGUAUGCAUAUAUAAAUGCAUCAGGUUCCGGCUAUGCAACUCAGUCGAGUUUGCAAUUUUUCUUUGUUUAGGUAGUUUAUAUUUUGAAUAUGAAUAUAAAGGACUAGAAAAAUCUGCACAAUAGAAUUGAGGAUUUUAUAUUUGGAAACAAAGAAACAUCAUCAACAUGUGGAAACCGUUUGAAGCUGGAAGUUCUCCAGUAGAUUGGUGCGAAGGAAAUUACAGUAUAUCACCAAGCAUUGCAGAAUUUAUGAAUACGUUGAGUAAUGUAGUAUUUUUAUUACUUCCACCUGUAUUAAUGCAUCUUUUUCGUGAUUAUGGAAGAUUUGUAAAUCCAGGAAUUCACGUGAUAUGGUUUCUACUUAUGAUAGUGGGUGUGAGUAGUGCCUACUUUCAUGCAACUUUAUCUUUAAUAGGUCAGCUUUUGGACGAGUUAGCUAUAUUAUGGGUAUAUAUGGCUGGUUUUUGUAUGUUUUUCCCAAGGAGAUAUUUUCCUAAUGUUUUCCGUAAUGACAGAAAACGUUUUUCAAUGUUUGCUACCUUUCCAACAUUAAUCGCUACUGGUUUGGCAUUGGUACAUCCAGCAUUAAAUGCAUUCGCCUUAAUGAGCCUUGGUAUACCAGCAUUUGGUUUUAUGAUAAUAGAACUUAAAAGAACAACAUCGAUGAGAGUUUACAGACUGGGUCUUCGUUGUGCUGCUGUUUGGAUUUUAGCUGUCGCGUGUUGGUUAAAUGAUCGUUUGUUUUGUGAUACUUGGUUAAAUUUAAAUUUCCCAUAUCUUCAUGCCUUAUGGCAUCUAUUCAUUUUCAUAGCAAGCUAUACAGCAGCAGUACUCUUUGCUUAUUUUUCCGUGAAGGAAGAAAGACCACAACAAUCGCCUAUACUUCGAUAUUGGCCGAGAAAUGAUUUCGAACUUGGUAUACCAUACGUAACAAUUAAAAGUUAUGUUAAAAUUGAUACAAACAGCAACAUAUAAUUAACAUCGAGUAUCAUGUCAGUAAGGCUAUAACGUGCAUUUAUUAUCGAAUAAUAAAACGGUAGUCGAUUAAAAAACGAA